UAGUUUUACUUCCACGUGACCAUUGACCCAGGUCGCAACAAUGGUGGAGAAGAAAUUGUUACAUUUUUUUUCAUAAAUUCCAAAAAUCAAAUUUGAGCUCAGAAUUUGUUCUUCCUCGACCAAUACACUGCAGAAGAUUCCUUCCUCAGAUUCUUCGGUAUUUAAUGGCCACGGCGUUGCUGCCCUCAACUCACCCUUUUCCCCUUCGUUUUUCUCCCACUCCCUCUCCCAAACUCCGCCAAUUUUCCUCUCUUCCUCUCCCUCCAAAACCCUUAUUUGCCAAAUCGAACCCUAACCGAUCCCUCAAGACGGUGGUUCGAGCCGAGAGCUUGCAGAGCCUUGUAUCGGGUGCUGUGAACAUCGUCCAAUCGAAUCCCCCCACGUGGCAGUCGGCCUUACUCACUAACCUGCUGAUUUUCGUCGUGGGUUCGCCGAUUCUGGCCUCGGGGUUGUCUGUUUCGGGCAUUGCUUCUGCUUUCUUGCUUGGUACUCUCACAUGGCGUGCCUUUGGGCCUUCUGGUUUCCUUCUUGUUGCUACCUACUUCGUCAUUGGAACAGCUGCAACAAAGGUCAAGAUGGCUCAAAAGGAAGCACAAGGGGUAGCUGAAAAGAGACAAGGAAGAAGAGGACUUGGUAGUGUUAUAGGAUCCAGUGCUGCUGGUUGUGUGUGUGCUUUGCUUAUGAUAAACAACAUUGGAGGAGAAGCAUUCCGACAACUUUGGCGACUUGGUUUUGUUGCCAGUUUCUGUACUAAAUUGAGUGAUACUGUCUCAAGCGAAAUAGGGAAGGCAUAUGGUCGGAUAACGUACCUGGUGACAACAUUUAGGAUAGUUCCUCGGGGAACAGAAGGGGCUGUCAGUCUGGAGGGAACCUUUGCUGGACUCUUAGCAGCAAGUGUUCUUGCAUUUGUUGGCUGUCUUUUGGGCGAUGCAACUGCAUCUGGAGCAAUUGUAUGCGUCAUAGCUUCACAGAUUGCUAAUCUUGGUGAAAGCAUCAUUGGUGCUGUUCUUCAAGAGAAGGAGGGAUUUCAGUGGCUCAACAAUGAUGUAGUUAAUGUCAUCAACAUAUCCAUAGGCAGCAUUUUAGCUAUCUCGAUGCAGCAACUCAUACUUGGUCACUGACACAUUCAUACUCGGAUGGAGCUCUCUCACCUUCUCAAGUGAUCAGGUGGUGUUCUCCCUUGAUAGAAAGCUGCAACGGAUGGACGAGACGACCAAAGCCUCCCCUCGGAAUCGUUACGACGAUUCAAUGCUUUGACCUCUAAUAUCACUUUGUAG